AUGUUUAGAGCUUCAAAAUUGUCAAGUUUUCAAGUAUUAUUUAUUGCAAAAGUACCAAGACGCUAUAUUUCCGGUAGUAAGCCUUUUAGUAACAAUGCUCGCUAUCUGAACCGACAGUGUCCGCAAUUUAGCGCGGGCCAGCCGCUGUUCGAAACGAGACCAAAUCUUCUAAAGCCCGGCGAGAUUACUCCUGGAAUUACUGCUCUCGAGUACUUUGAGCGUAGAGUCAAAUUAGCUACGAGGCUUCCAGCCAAGAGUUGUGCAAUAAUCGCAGGCUCGCAAGUGAAGUAUGCAUCCGGUCCGGUGUUCUAUCCCUUCCAACAGAAUAAUGAUUUGUUUUAUUUAACGGGGUGGAACGAACCAGACUCUGUGAUGAUUUUGGAGAAGCCUACUGACGAUAUAGAUGAUGUCCUCUUCCACUUAAUUGUCCCGCCAAAGGACGCUUUUUCUGAGCAAUGGGAGGGUGAGCGUACCGGGACUGAGGGUGCGUGCGAAGUUUUCAAUGCUGAUGAAUCAACGGAUACUCGCCAGUUGUCAAUUUACAUAUCGCGCAUCAUCAAGAGAAACGAGUUCAUAUACUUUGACAGACCACAAGACAAAAUCGACUCGAGUGCAGAGGCUUUCUUCAGGUCAUUUUUCUCAGUUUCUCAUUCCCCAGUGGCUUCUGACACUAUUACUAGCGUAAUUAAAAGCUCGGGUAAGAAACAUGUCCGUAAGCUUAAGAGAAUUAUCGCGGAUAUGAGGUCAAUAAAAUCACCAGCAGAAAUUCGUGUCAUGAGAAGAGCAGGCCAAAUAUCAGGGAGAGCAUACAAUCAAGCAUACGCUCAAAGGUUCCGCAAUGAGAGGACUCUGCAUUCAUUUCUUGACUAUAAGUUUGUUUCUGGCGGGUGUGACAAAUCGGCCUAUAUUCCAGUAGUGGCUGCUGGUGCCAAUUCGCUUUGCAUACAUUACACAAGGAACGACGAUGUCAUGUAUAAUGAUGAAAUGGUCCUUGUUGAUGCUGCUGGCUCCUUGGGGGGAUACUGUUCAGAUAUAUCAAGAACAUGGCCCGUAAGCGGCAAAUUUUCUCCUGCGCAAAGAGAUUUAUACGAAGCAGUUUUAAGCGUCCAGAGGAGAUGCAUUGACCUCUGCAAAGCUUCCAACUUGUACUCCUUGAAUGACAUUCACGAAAAGAGUGUUUCAUUUUUUAAAGAAGAGCUUGCGAACGUGGGACUCUCUAAUCUGCAAAACUCAAGCAUAGCAAAAAUCUACCCUCACUAUAUUGGCCACAAUCUUGGUCUCGAUGUCCACGAUGUGCCAGAGGUUUCAAGGCAUGAGCCACUACAGGCAGGGCAGGUUAUCACGAUUGAGCCCGGUAUUUAUUUUCCUGACGAUCCUUCGUACCCAGCUUACUUCAAGAACAUUGGCAUUCGUAUUGAAGAUGACAUUGCUAUCGGGCUCGACUCUCAUAUCAACUUGACAGCUGAAGCUGCGAAGGAGGUCGUAGACAUUGAAAGCAUUGCCCAAAAUGGCGUGACGACCAAAAUCGAAGAGGAUGUGGUGGCUCCUCUUAAGUACGUUGAUUAA